UGCAUUCGCUUGAGUAACGUUCCGCUGGCAGCGACAACUAUUACGGCAUUCUCAAAGGUUCCCCCACCAAGAAAACCCCGGCCAAAGAUCAUCGAAACAUCAUGCGCCUAUUGAUAAUCAGUGUUUUCCUUCUGGCAAUUUGUCUUGGCGCCCGAGCAGAUGUUUCCCAAUUGGUGAGAUCUGGUAAUGGAUUUUUAUACGACGUGCCCAAGGUCACGGAACUGGAACUGGAGGUCAACAACGAGUUUCCCACUGGCGAGGAGUUUCCCCAAGAUGCCAUUCCCGUGGCUCCUUCCGAUGCAGAACUUGGCCAGGCUGAAGAUCAUGAAGAACCAGUGGUGACAGCAGCAUCUAGACCUGCUUCAUUCAAGAAAAUCCACGGAUACAAAUACAAGGUGCCCAGCCGGCGCUUCAAGAGCUAAAUAACCGCCUUAGUAAUUUGAAUUUGUACCAAAGUUUCG